AUGGACUCAGUCCUAUCAAAUUCUCAGGGAGCUCGCUCCCAAUCUCAGAUCCCAUCGGAUCAAAUCACUUCGGAUGUCAGCAGUGCCAAAACUGCAGACACAUCGAAAAACCCGAUCACCUCGCCAACUGGCAGCAGCCAAACUGCUAGUAGAUCGAGCGUCCUGAUCGAUCCGGUCUUUUGGAGCAUUCUGGAGCAUAUGGGACAUGAGGAGCAUGGAGGGACUUGGCACAUGGAAGCAGCUCAACUGGAUACGCAAAGGAAGAAGGGAGAAGCCAUCUUGAAGACCAGCUCGACCCCUACUCGACCAACCGGUCGAGUUCCUCAACUCGACCGGCCAAGCUUCAACUCGAUCGAGCUGAGAAGUCAACAGUCAAACCCGAAAAAUGUUGCUUCCCCCUUGACUUUCCUUUGA